CAAUCUGACCAACACUAUUGUUAACGAACAGCAACAGCUGACGCUGUGAUUUCUAUUGUUAAAAGCAUUAAGACCGUGAAUUAAUUUUCGAGUGCAGAUCUAGAACUCGACUAUGGACGAAAUCAGUCAGCACAAAUUCAGAAAUGUUUUGAAUUUAUUGUGAAUUACUCAUCGCAAAAUAAGAACUAUUUUAUUGUGUGAUUUAGGAUAUAAAUCUUGCAAACCGGACAUUUUAAUGAGUAAAAGUUGCAAACUGAACAGCAAGAGGUGGUGAAAGUGGAAUUGUGAUAUUUGAAAGACAACGGUGGUGACGAUGUUGUCCAACAGAGCAUCUCGAUUUGUGUCUCUGGAAUUCCUGUUUCUUACAGUGCUGACGCUUGAUGGUGGAACCACCAGCCUUCCUGUAGGCCCACGGGCCCCUGAUGCGGCGUCGGGCUCGUCCGUCGACCGCCUGGUCUACGUGGACCGUGACGUGGAGGAAAUGCACUGGGGAGAAGACGGCUCCUCAAAGUAUCUGAACAUGGGGCAAGACCCUAAGCUAGCUACAGUCGAUGGAUCAUCUUUGAUGGAGGACAAACUGAAAGUAAACGUGCUGGAAUCUGUUGGUGACAUUUUUCCUAAGCCCGCAAGCCCCGUCAUUGAAAAUCAACGACACUUGCUUUGGUUCGGCCUCGGUUGGGGCGACAAAGAUGAACAAGAACGUCCCAGCAAAACCAGCGCGAAGACAGGCACGACAGACGAAGCAGACCAUCAAAAGGACAGGUUGGAGAGGGAGAAAGGACAGAUACAGGAGGGCGAUAAGGGCUUUUAUCCAGAGGAUGACGACCUAGAUGACACAGAGCACAUGUGGCACGAUGACGAUCACGAAGAUUACCCCGACGAUACUGACGAGGAAAACGGGUUUUUCUUCGGCGGCCGUCCACUGGAAGAUGGCAACCACAAGGGGGAGGGAGGGGACGACGAAGAUGUCGAUGGCGACGAAGAUGAUAGGCACCAUGAUAAAAAUCAACAAAACGUCAUUCAUGGUGCUGGCAAGAUCUACCACACACGCGGCAGAAUCAUGAAAGUUGCCAAAAACCUACUUAACGAAUACCAGCGGAAGAGUCUUGACAUAAAGGAGGAAUUGACGGAUGAUGAGGGGCGGGAGAAGGCUGCAGAGAGGUUUGAGGCAGACAUCGACACCGAGAUCGACCUGUUGCUGAAGGCAGCAGGGGACACGAAAGCCGGACCGCCAGACGGCAAAGACACAGAGAGGGAGGAAUUCCUGGCGAAUAUGAAGGACGCCAAGACAGCUGCCAAGAAGCGAGUGAAGGACAUCUUGACAGGGCACAACAUACACUUCGAUUCAGACGAUCUCUGAGCGCUGUGGAAUUGAACCUAGUUUCAGGUUCUAUGCACAAGAUCUUCAGGAUCCAAAAUCAUGAACGUUCUUCCUUUGCCACUUUUGCUUUGUAACUCCGCAUGCUACGAUCAAAGUCGUCAAAAGGGUCCAAAAGGUGGCGUAAAUGUUAACAAAAGUUACCACAAAACUGUUUCAUUUUUAAAAAGAGACCUAACUAGAUUCCGAGUAAUCAGUUUAAAAGUUGUACCUCCUAAAAAGAUUUCAUGAUUUUAAAGCAAACGUCUUCAUGGUUUUCUUCAUUUUUUAAAUCUGUAAAAUAUAAAAAGGCACGGAAGCGAAGAUGAGAAGGCCUGUGCCAAAAAAAACCCCAACAGUAGGCCCGUACUGUAAACUUUCAAUUCAAGUAAUUUUUUGUACAUCGGUGUAUUGUUAGAAACAAACUGAUACUAAAUACAGCACCCUAAAUUACGUUCAUAUUUCAAGAGGGAAAAACGCGUGGGCGUUUGAGUUUAGACCUCAUAGGAUUUAUAUGUACUCGUCUCCGGCAUGAAAAUAACGUGAGCCCCUACAAUAUACUAGUGCUGUACAGGUUUCUUCAUAUGUAAAAGCUUUUGUCAUCUACCUCCCGUCUCCACGGAAUUCGGACGGGUGAUACAAAUUACUCCUCUAUUAGUGUCAAGAACCAAUGAGCCACACGUUUUGUGACUCGAGUCAAGUUGAGUCACUGUAAGUCACUCGACUCAAAUCACUGGGUAAAAUGAUAAGUUCAGUCAAGUUACCAAUACUUGAACACAAUACGAUAAAUAAAACAAGGGAUAAAAUCUUUUCUA